CUCGGUGACAAAUUGAGGGAUCCAAAGUGAACCUUUUAUAACUCUUAAAGGAAAGGCCCACUUUGCUAAAAGGCCCAUAUCUCAUCCAUAUACUCGUCCUGUCUUCCGUGUUCCAUCGCCGCCGCCGCCUUUCAGAGUUCCCUCGAAAACCAAAUCCGCUCCGCUGCUGGUCAUCUAGCAUCCAUCCUUAUCCUUCUCCAUGAGGAUUCUGCGCAGAGCAGCAAGUCUUCUCCUCCAUGGCCGUGCUUACAACGCAGGAAGAACCACAAGGCUGCAGGGCUCUUUUCUAAGGGUGCCUUCAGGGGAACGUGAACUCAAAUUAUUAAGGCCUGGUAACACAAUGGAAGUGUCUAUGGCAACCACAAACACUGCAGGGGAACCAGAAGCUUUCAAGUAUCUGAAGACAAGCGACAGUGAUGAGAGGAUGGAGGGCUCCAAGAAGGUGUCUGAAGACGAGGAGCAGGCCCUGAAGGUGAGAUUCCAAGAGUGGAUGAACAAGUUCAACCGUAAUUACAAAGACGAGGCAGAGAAGGCUUAUCGCUUUGAGGUAUUCAAGUCUACUGUCCAGUAUGUCGAAAAGUUCAAUGCUGAACAGGUGAAAAAAUAUGGUUGCUGCAAAUGCACACUAGGUACAAACAAAUUUGCGGAUCUCACUGUGGAGGAAGUCUCGAACAAGUUUUGUGGCAAAAGAAGCAGGCAGUGUUAGCUCGGUAUAUUAUUAUUAUAGGGGCGUGUUGGCUAUAUUACUAUUAUAGCCAACUAGUCUGCAACUAUGUAAAAAAACAGCAACUAUAUUUAUUAUUAUUAUUAUAGCCAACUAGUGUGCAACUAUGAAAAAUAACAACAGCAACUAGUGUGCUUUCUGGUUAGAAACCCGUAGAGAUAUAAGUGUAAGUGGUUCGUUGAACCAGUGGUGCCUUUUGAUUAUAUAUGUAUCGUUUAUAUGUAAUAAUAAGUUUAUGUUAUACUACUA